CAUUUAAAGAAGAGUUGAGCAGCAUCAAGGUUCUAUGCAACAAAAUGGCCCGUGAAGCAGCAGCAGCAGCCAUGAAAGGCAAAAAACUGCACAGAGGGCCUUGGCAGGAGGAUGAAGAUGAACUGUUAAACACCUUUGUAAGCCUGUUAGGAAGCCAGAGAUGGGAUUUCAUAGCAAGAGUCUCAGGUUUGAAGAGAAGUGGAAAGAGUUGCAGAUUGAGGUGGCUGAACUAUUUGCGUCCAAAUAUCAAGCAUGGCCAUAUUAGUGCUGAAGAAGAACAGAUCAUCCUUCAGCUCCACAAGCGCUGGGGUAACAAGUGGGCAAGGAUUGCAGAAAGAUUGCCUGGAAGAACAGAUAAUGAUAUAAAGAACUACUGGAGAACAUAUUUAAGGAGGAAAGUACAGGUUCAGAAGAAAGGUGAUCAACAUGAAUUCCUGUUUGAGAAGGGUGGAAAUGCUGCUCCACAAUGCAGCAAUGAAGGUGGCAACCAUAAGUCUUUUGUAGAUGUAUUGGAAACUGAAAACAUUUCAUCUGAUGCUGCUGGAACAUCAGAUUUUGGGCUUACAAAUUCGCCUUAUGAAACCCGAAUAUCAGACUGGAUAUCUGAGUUUUCAGGUGAAGAAGGUGAGAUAAAAUAUCAUCAUGAGUACUGGAGUUGCUUGGAAUCAUGCUGUCAUUAUUCAGAUUGGAUUUCUGAGGAUAGUGACAUAUGGGAAACAUGCUCGGAUUCCCUCUGGAAUAUGGACUAAUGCUGUGAUCCCUUGUUGUUGAAUUUGGGAAACGUGAAUAUGUUAAGAACCUUUAAAAUUAUAAAAGGAAAUAUUUUGCUUCCUGUAAAUGUUUCUUAGCAAAAUACCUCAGAGUUAGAAGUCUCAUGGAAUGUUUAAACCUUUAAUUGGUAAGGCCGUAAGGGAAGGGUUUGUGUAAUGAGAUGAUCAAACUACAUCUACAUGUAACCUUUAAAUAAAAUUUUUAAAAAAAU